AUGGCAUUUUUGGGCGAGGAUGACGAUUUUUUUGGCACGGCACAGGAUGAUCACGACGACGAACGAUACCGUGAGUGUGUGGAUGGGCACGAGCUACAUUCCGGUCUAGCGCGAGCCGAUGCGGCGGCCCUGGCCGAACGCUUUCGCAACGUGGGCUUCCACGAGACUUACGAGGAAUACCAAGAAGUUCGCUUGCAAGAAGGUUUCGAAGCUGGAUACCGAGAGACGUUCGACGUGUCCGUGAGAAUAGGGGAAAUACUAGGUAAUCUUGCUAUGAAAGCCAAGCGUGCCGAGAAUGAAAAGGAAUACGUCGGCGACGAGAAGCAUUCUAAGAUUCAGCAAUUCUACAAAACGAUUGCCAGGGAAUGGAUCUAG